AUGAAUGACUCGAUGAGCAGGGUCGAUGGCAUCAAGUGUCCCGCUGGCACCGCUGACAGUCGGGGUUAUGGAAAUUCGUACUUUGGCAGCAUAGGCAACGUGUCGCUAUUCCAGAACGCCAAAGCACGCCUUAAAACGCGCCUAACACAAAGCCCAAUUGUUCAGACGGCCGUGGAGAAUAAGAGUGCACGGCUGGAGGAGGGAAGAAAGCGUACCUCUUCGUCGUUCCCCAAGUUCGUCGCGUCAUUCAGGAAGACCUGGUUCCCCACCCCUCGUCCAAUCAUCUCCACACCCAUCACUGUGCGGAAAGUGCCCGUAGAUGAUCCUGGGAGUUCACUUAACGUCCUCCAGUCGCAUAAGGGGGCGUGUAGUGCUUCAUUCAGGGAUCACCCCUUCACAAUCACCCAAGAUCACGCUUCUGGACAUAGCCAGCUUGGGGCGAAACCCGCGCAAGUGGCCAAAAACCUAACACACCCAGAGAAGGCGAGUAAUCAUAGCAAGAGAUACUUCUCUCCCACGCUUAUGCCACUUGAAGAAGCUUCUUCAUUCCAGUAG